AACUAUGCCAGGCGGACUCUAUGCUGUGUCCAGAGACUGGUUCUCAAAGCUAGGUAAAUAUGACCCCGAGAUGGACCUGUGGGGAGGAGAAAAUAUUGAAAUCUCUUUUAAAGCUUGGAUGUGUGGGGGCUCACUUUUGUUGUCUCUUUGCUCGCAUGUUGGACACGUUUACCGCUUUGCUAACCCCACACUGCACGGGGCUAGGUUGACUUUGAAAAACUCGGUCCGAGUGGCAGAAGUCUGGAUGGACCAAUACAAACAUUUCUUUUAUGAGAAGCUUGGCUACAACAUUCCAGAGUAUGGUGACGUCAGGUCACGUGUUCGGUUACGCCAAUCUUUAAAGUGCUCUAAUUUCUCUACGUAUUUAGAAAAAGUUGAUGCCAGAAUUAAGGAAAAAAUGGAUGUGAAUGGAGUAUACUUUGGGCAGAUAACAAGUAUCUCCACCACUCUGUGUCUACACCGCAAUGAGCAUAAGGGGAAUCUUCAGCGUUGUUCUAUAGACAAUAUCGAUCAGAUGUGGCAGUAUCGAACGGAUCAGAGAAUCGGUUCCCGAGAACAUAUAUUGGGUGUGGAGAUUAAAGGGAGAGAUCGAGACCUGAUUUUUUACGCCGACUACUACGUCAUCGAUGAAGUCUUGUGGGUGUACGAUGACCAUCAAAGGUUGCUGAAUAAAAAAACUGGGACGUGCCUUCAAGCUAACGGGACAAGUAUGAGUGUCCAGUUUAAGCAGUGUUCAGAUGACGCGGUGGAUCAACAAUGGAAGAUGAUGACAAGGAAAGAGUACCAAGAGAGCAUGAAAGCAAAGGGAGUUAACAUAGAUUGGAGUGUUUGAGACAAAAUUCUAUCGUGUUGUCUUCUCUUUGGACUUGUCAUUCUAUAAGUCCAAUGCUAUUUGUACAUUGUAGACUAUUUUGAAACGUACUGCAAUAGAGAUCGAUAAAUCUUUAAAGAGACACUGGUCACACGAGUUUCUAUUUUGGUAAGUCACACAUACGCACACACCCAAACACAAAGACAUCUUACUACAUAAAAAGGAUAAUACAUGGGGAAACAUACAUUUCUUGUGGGUUCGAAAUAGCCCAGUAGUAAAGCGCUUUGCUUUCAACCGAAGUUCCUGGGUUUGAAUACUGGCAAAG